CUUCCUGUCAGCCGCAGAACUGUUGCCAUACCACAUAGGAUCCCAUGUGUCAGGACACUCUCAUUGUAACACUUUUAGAUAGAAACAGGCAACUGUUGUUGCACGUUGAUUGUUCUGAGUGUCCUGAGGCUCAACAAGAAGAAACAGCUGAAUUGAAUAUUAUGUAUCUUACCUAUUUUUUUUGUCAAUUAUUGGGGGUAAUUAAGAUUUCAUUUGUCAUUGUCAUCUCAUUUGGCGCAGCAGGUAGGUUUUCCCUUUUCGGUAUCCGACAAUGCAAAGCUAUUGGGGGAUGGGUCUGACUGUGUGUGUUUGAACAUAUCCGGGAGGAGGGGGCUGGGUUAAGGCUAUAAAUAGUGGACAAAUCCCAAAGAGAGGGAGACACACACAAGACAGUAGAGUGGAAAAGAAGAGACGUUAGAGGAGGAAACAGAAAAUUGCCAGAAAGAGAAACUGUGUGAAAUGUGAGGAGGAACCACAUAGAUUCUUCAAGGGAGACCUUAUCUUUAUUUUUGCUAAAUUAGAGAAAUAAACUCGAUAUAGAAUCGAAUAGGGGGUAAAGAAGAGAAGAAGAAGAAGAAGAAGAAGAAAUGAAGGACUUAGUGCAGUCAGUAGAACUAGGGGUCUCUCAGCGAAAAAGACUCAACGUAUCUCAACCCAAAGUUUGGCUAAAGAAUGAACUUGUUCGUGUGGGACUUGCUGAAUCCCUUUGCACAUAUGUCAUGAUGGUGCUUGGCCUGGGGUCUGUGGCCCAGGUCGUGACAGGACAGGGAGUGUUUGGAGAGUACCUCAGCAUCAAUCUGGGUUUUGGCCUGGCUGUUGCUAUGGGGGUUCAUGUUGGAGGGAAGGUCUCAGGGGCUCACAUGAAUGCAGCAGUGUCAUUCACAAUGUGCACGUUUGGCCGCCUGGGGUGGAAGAUGCUGCCUCUCUAUGUUUUUGCGCAGCUAUUGGGGUCAUUUCUGGCGGCAGGGACAAUUUAUGUUGUAUAUUAUGAAGCCAUAUAUGACUAUUGUGGAGGAAACCUGACUGUAACAGGUGUAAAGGCCACAGCUGGUAUUUUUGCCACCUAUCCUGCACCGUACCUCUCCUUGCUGGCUGGAUUCAUUGAUCAGGUGUUUGGCACAGCUAUGCUGCUGCUGUGCUUGAUGGCUCUGUCUGACCAGAAGAACAAACCGGCUGCAGCAGGCAGCGAGCCUGUCGCAGUGGGUCUCCUGGUGAUGCUCAUUGGCAUUUCUCUGGGAAGCAACAGCGGCUAUGCCAUCAACCCCACCAGAGACAUCGCACCCAGAGUCUUUACUGCCAUAGCAGGCUGGGGUGCUGACGUGUUCAGGUCUGGAAAUGGGUGGUGGUGGGUGCCUCUAGUUGCCCCCCCCAUUGGAGGAGUAUUGGGUGCGGGGCUGUACAGGGUCUUGGUGGAAAUGCACCACCCUCCCCUUUCUGAACAGGAUGGGGGGCUGGUGGAGGAAUUUGAGGAGGAGACUGCCCCUCUGGAGAAACAGGGAAACAUCUGUGCUAAUAUAUGUGUCUGAGGCCCCCAACUAGCUUGUGAAGCUAUAUGGAUAUCUAUAUGCGGUUGAAACAUUCCAUGAUGACAUGGGUUAAAAAAUAGACCAAAAACAAAUAGCUUAUGUGGACAGAAGGACUUUCACAAUAAUAUCUCAAGCAAUUUUGAAAUGAUGAGUCUGUUUAUUACUGUCAUCAUCAAUCUUAGUUAGGCUACUCAACUGCAGUUUAUGUACUUGUCAGUGACUGCAACACAUAAUUUAUAAAAUACCAACACAAUCUUUUAUAAAAUACAAAAUAGAUUUUAAACCGUGACGCUGACAUCUAGGGCUUAUUGGUCCAAUCCAUGCUAGUUAUACUAACUACAUAAGGGAAAAAAAGAUUGAAAAAUAAGAGUCAUUUCUAUGCAUUGAAGAUGAAAAAACACGUCAUAGCUUAUAUUUCAUGUUUGUAUUAUUGAGGUAAUAACAGCUGAUGUACUUGGAAGACACCAUAAAUAUCAUUCAUUAUAACAAUCAACAUGAGCUUGGAAACUACAGUGUAUGUAAAGAAAAGCAAACAGCCCCCAUUAAUUGCACUUAAAUAAACAUGCAUGUUUUGGAAAAUAAAAUAGAAACAGUAAGAGUUGGCUUUUCACAGCUUGAAAGAGCAGCAGCACUACCAAAGAUAAUAUACACAUUAAUCUAUUCAACAAUCUAGUUCACAGUAGCCUAAAGCUAAAAGGUGUAAAUGUGUCUUGAUAAACUGGGUAGAAGUUCCUUCAGUACUUCAAUCAAAAAGUUAACAUGUCUAUUAAAUCUGCUCAGCUGUAUACUUUUAGUAUCAAAAGCCCUAAAUGUAUAAAGCUAGCACAUUUUUAUCUCUGAAAUGCUGAAAUAUAACCUCAUCCCCGUCGUCACAGCAGAUGUCAUUAGACAAAGAAUCCUAGGCCUAAACUCUAGUACGUUUUUACGUUUGUGAAGUUUACAGAGGGACAACGCAUCAGUGAGGCACUGCAGCAACGCAAUGGCCAGUGAGAAACUUGGAUCACUGAAGCCUAACUUGAUGGUUAUUCUCAGUCGUUGAUAAUGUAACAGGUUACAUUUCGAGGUUCAGAUUUGAUUGCACUCUGAAGUCAUGGAAUGUUUGAAACUGAAGCUCUGGAGGUGUCAGAUGCAGCACUUUCCACUGAUACUAAGUAUUGGCUCGAACAUUUUCAGUGUCAAUCGUUUUCAAUUUCUUUCUGUGAUCAUUUGUUCAUCAUUGAGUUUCAAAGUGUCCAACUAAAACCGACAGUAUUAUUUUCAUUCUUCCAGUUUCCUUCAGUUUUAGUGUGUUAUUUAGACAUUUUCACACUUAUACAUUAUAUUAUUGUUGUAUGAUACAUUAGAAUUUUAAUAUUUACAACAGCAAAACAAGCCUAGUGAUAAUAACUACAAAUACAAACAAACAAAUGUGUCCUUAUUGAGUAUUAGUAAGUACUCAUUGGUUACAGCAGUGGUUACAUUUUUUACUAUGUCAGGAUUAUUUGUAAUGUGUCAGAAGCACAUAAUCAUAUUUUAUGAAUUGGAUGCUUUUAGUUAUUUUUACCACUAGGUGUCACUAGUUAAAACACUGUUAUAUGAGGCUUUGAAUAAUGAAUCUAUUGGUGAUGCAGUUUGCUGGAAAGCGUCUGUGUUUCAGAAAGCCUCAUUUCUCCACCACUAACACUUAGCAGUGAAAGGUAAACAAAAAAUGAAAUGUGUGUGUUUUGAAAUGUAUGACAGGCCAACAUAAUGUCAUUUUACAGGUUGGGGGAAAACUGCUCUUUCUGCGUGAAACCUUGAACACAUAAACAAGGUUAAAAAGCACCUUUUUACAUGCCAUGUUGCCUCCAACAGCUGGUUACCACUUGAUCCCUGUGUUGAGCUUAGGAAAACACUGGCUAUGUAUCUAUUUAGACAUGCAGCAUUUCAAACUUAGUUUCAUACAAUAUGCUCUAAUCCAGCCAAUGAUGGAAUUGCCGGCUGCUCUAAACCAUGUUGGUUGUGUAGACAGUAACAUUCUCACCGCUUUCCCCCACUGUGUCUUCCUGUGCUGCCUUGGCUCUUUGCAGUGCUCCCUAAGCUGCACUGUGUGGACUGCUUCUUCUUGGGGAUGGGUAUCUUGGCUUUGCCUUUGAAGGCCUUUGUAGGAUCCAGCUUGUUGAGAUGGGAAUCUCCAGCAGGAUCAGCCAAGCUGAGUUCACUGCUGAAAAUCAGUGGCUGGUACAGCGAUGCCCACUGCUAUAGAGGGAAAAUAGGUAGAUAGUUCACAAUGCUGUUUAUAGUUAUGUAUCCUAAAAAAAUAACACAAAAUAACCUGUGCAAUGUCCUUUAGGAACUGAGUGUUAGAGUGGGGAAAAUACAAAGAAACUGAUUCACCUCCCCACUACUUCCUUUCCAAAAUAUUCCAACACUGCAAUCUGCAUUCCCAGGAACAUUUGGCAUACAAUGCAUAGAAGUAAACUGUAGGUGAAAACAGUAGUUGAGGACUAAAAGGACUAGUCUGCAAAUGUCCUAUUUCAGAUGUUGAGGUAAAACACUUCUUGUUAAAGUGUUAAAUCAGCAAACAUUGUAGUAUACUGUGAACCAAACAUAAUUAAUAAAAUGUAUUUUAUACACCUG